AUGAUUUUGCCCCUUUGUUGUCUAGGUCGGGAUUGUAUGGGUUGUGCCAAGACUGGCAGUGGAAAGACAGCCGCCUUUGUGCUACCAGUGUUACAGAAAUUAUCUGAGGACCCAUAUGGCAUCUUCUGUUUAGUUCUCACACCUACCAGGUUGGUGAAUCUUCUGAUAAUUUUGAACUAUCUAGGGCAAUAAUUGACCAACAUGUAAUUUAAAAGGCAUAUCUACUGCAAAAGGCAUGUAUGUAAUGUUCAAUCUUGUGUAAUGUUUAAACUUGUGUCCUUUGCAGGGAAUUGGCUUACCAGAUUGCCGAACAGUUCAGAGUCCUGGGAAAACCAAUGGGCUUGCGGGACUGCAUCAUUGUUGGUGGAAUGGGUAAUGUUGAUUACCAACGACACUGCCUCUCAUUGCAUUCUUAUUCAUUCAUCCAGUAUGUUCUAAUGUUCUGGUGAUGUUCCCAACAGAUAUGAUCACACAGGCCUUGGAACUCUCUAAGAAGCCCCACAUCGUUGUAGCCACUCCAGGAAGACUGGCAGACCACAUUCGGAGCUCCGACACCUUCAGCAUCAAGAAGAUCCAGUUUCUGGUGAGUUUGAAAGAUAAUAAAUUAAUCGAUGUGGCCACAAAGGCAAUUAUGUUUUAGGAUGUCUAGGUGAGGAUGUCUCACUGUCAACCAAAACAGUGAGACUGUUAUGAACUACCUUUAUAUUAUUAACAACCUUGGGUGUUGAGCAGAAUGUUUUUUCCUCCAUUAGUGUUACAUUUUUUAAUAUAGCCUAUUGAUUUAUCAUUGUACUUGUCAGGAUGCACGGGCGUCUGCAUGCCUUCUAAUAGGAAGUAAAAUCUAUUUAGUUAAAUAUCUUCUGCAAAAUGUUACAAGUCAUAGAGCCUAAUGGUAACUGUUGACAUUUUACUUUGACAUUUUACUUCGUGAUAUAAUGCUAAUAGUAAUGCACAGGCUUAAUGGUAAUUGUCUUUGAUAGAUCCUUGAUGAGGCCGACCGCCUGCUUGAGCAAGGCUGCACAGACUUCACCAAAGACUUGGAGGUGAUCCUGGCCGCGGUGCCUGCCAAACGCCAGACGCUGCUGUUCAGUGCCACCCUCACAGACACAUUGCAGGAGCUCAAGGGCAUCGCCAUGAACAAGCCCUUCUUCUGGGAGAGCAAGUCAGAGUAA